CUUGAGUCUGGGGCAAGAACAUCUCUUCAGGGAACUGUGUGAGUUUUUCCCCGUUAGAAAGGAGAUCGAGACGACGCCACAGCGAGAGGGAGUUCAGUGUCUCUUGGGCUGCUUCGAACUCCCUGGGGAACACCUGGGCAGCGCGCGUUUCACUGCAUGCGCUGCGGAGUCGAGAGUCGAAAUCCAGGUAUGUCCUUCCUUUUUUUCACAUGCUGCGCGUCAAUCUAGGCUUUGAGUUUUUAGAAAAAAGACGAAAAGAGAAAACGGAACGAUUUCGCGCCUUCUCGCGUUCUCCUCGCGAGGGCUCUCCCUGCAGAGAGUUGUGUGAAUCACUCCCUCUCGCAGGAGGGGAAAUCCCUGCAAAGGAAGAAGCAAAUUCGCGCGUUUUCACAGCAUUUUCUCCCAAUUGUUUCGCACUUCUUCGAAUUCAAAAAUGACGGAGCAGCAGCGAGACAGGACGCUUCUUGACAGCCGCCUGGACGCGGAGACUGCGGCAUCGUCGCAGGCAUCUGCCCGUCCGGUUCAACACACCUCUUCCUCUUCGUGUUCUCCUUCUUCGCUUUCAUGUUCUGCUUCUUCUGUGUCGCCUGGCUCCGUCUCUUCGGAUGCGCCCGGGGCCUCUGCACUGAAGGACGAAGGAGCAGACGCCUCGGGAGUCCGGCCUGCGAAGAGAGUACGCGUAUCCUCCAGGUGUGUCGACAGCGUCGAGUCUCCGUCGCUAGAAGAAGAGGAGAGGGAGAAGGCGUCUGGAGAAGCGAGUGAAGACAGCACCACCGACACGGAGACAAGAAUCCGGAAAGAAGAAGAGGCGAAGAGCGUCGCGGAGAGACAGAAGCGUCUGUACUCCUCGUUUCUUCCGCCAGGACUGCUGAACGAUUUCGUCUCGGCUGCUCUGGCCCUCGACGCCUCCGGGGAGUCCCCCGCAGAGCCCGGGUGUACAUACACCCCAGACUCGGGGCCUCCUGGGGGAAGUCCGGUGUCUAGACACCUGGGUGCGCCACGAGACCCGCAGACGCCCUGCGAGGCGCUGCUGUCCUUCGACCGUGAGUCGCUCCUUACUUUCGCUUCACUCUUCCACCUUCUCGUUUCUGGGAGAGGAACUGAUGAGGGAGAACUGCAGGAGGCCGCGCAGGCAGACAAGCGAGAGGCGGAGGAAGCCGCCCAACAGACAGAACUAGAGGGCGACGUCUCCACGAGAGGGUGUUGGGGCAGAGAGGUCGGUGCGCGGGUGCAGCCGGAAGUCACGAAGAAAACGAGGAAGUCGAGCGCUUCGGAGGAGGUCGUGGAGGGAACCAGCAGCGGAGACCGGACAAGGAAGAAAGCAUUGGAAAUGUCUUCUUCUCCCCUCGUGUUCCUGCGCGGCCGACGCAGCCGCGAGGUGCUCGUGCGUCGACUGCUGAGGCAGCUGCGCGGAGAUGACGGCGAGGGGCAGAACAGCGGGGCUGCAAGCUCAGGCGGCAGAGCCUCUCUGAGUUCAGCUGUACAUCCACCGCAGGCUGUGCUCUUCGAGGCCUGGAUGAAGGCACUCAAGAUCUUCCUCUCUUUUGUAACUUCGAGCGCCCUCGUUGGCAGUCACGCCAAGGCACUUGCUCUCGUCGCAGUUUUCGAUAUUCUGCUGCUUCUUCUCUCCCCGGAAGAGGACCUCUCCCCUUCUUCUGCUUCCUUCUCUUCUGCUUCAAGUGCUGGAGCUUCCACCGGCAAGGUGGUGGACGGUGCGGGGAAAGCAGCCGACGCGGCGUCUAAGGGGCGGAGGCGAGAAGGCGCGUCUCGCCCUGUUCUCGACUUCAACAACUUCGCGGAUCUUCUCGUCGAAUUUGCUCGAACGGUGCCUCUUCGGGAGAUUGGAUCCGUGAUCUCCUUUCUGGAAAAAAACAAAGAAAGUCUGAUUGCGGCAUUCCAGCGAAAGGGCCGCGACUGUUUGUCAGGCUCCAAACAGCUCGACACGGCGCAGGCGAAGCGAGCUCUGCAGGCUGCUGGAGCGAAGGUGAUCGGAAUGGUGAAGAGCAUCGAAGAGCCGCUGAUGCAUGCAAACGAGAAGCAGUACAUUUUCGCGUUGCGGCGGCUGCUCAUGGAGACCCUGUCGAUGACGCAUGCAGGCCUCUCGAACAGAACCAUGCAGAGAGCAGAGGCGACCCCCGUUGUGCUGGACAGCCUGGAAGCUUGGAACGCCCUCAGCCACUUUGGGGUGGGCGUGGAGUCGCCGUCGGCCUCCACUCAUGCAGACCGCAGUCGCUCGAAAAAAAGUUCUGGAAAAUCCACUCAACAGGCCGGAUCGGGGGGCAAAGAGGCGGCUCCUCGGUCAGCAAAGAGCCUUGAAAACGAAAGGAAGUCUGAGAAAGGAGGCGGCGACUCUCUCUCGAGCUUCGGUGCAUGCUCCUACGCGGUCUACGCUGCUUACGGGAAGGCUCUGGCCUUUCUCCAGGCUCCAGAUCGCGUUCUCGAGCAGCCUGCUGAGGUCGUGACGGACGUCCUUUCCUCUCUCGACACCGUCUUGUCGUAUUUUGAAAAGCACCCUGCAGUGUCGACGCGUGCAGCGGCGGAGACGCGUUCGCCAGCUGUUUCUCUGGACAGAACUCUCGAUCAAGACGAGGCUGAGGUGAAGCGCGCAUGCGACAACCUUCUGCUUCUGUCGAGCUCUGGAAACCCACACUACCUGUCUGCUGGCGCCUUCCGCGAGCGCAUCGACAACUCGUUUUUUAGGCGAGAAUUGCUGACCAGUGCAUGCGUCGCGUUCCACUUUCUGGGGCAAGCUGUUGGCCUCGGAGGUCAAGAAAAAAGAGGGAAGACAGACGAGCAAUCUUCGCAGGGAAAGGCCGCCAAAAAGGAGACUCCCGUCCGACCCGCGGGCGGCGGGGAAACCGGCGCCACCGCUCAGCGCAUGCAGCAAAAAAUUCGAGAAACCUACUCUGCUCUCAACGAAAAGACGAAGGCGACUCUUGCUUCUCUAGAAACGCGAGUAUGGUCUCUCGCUGCGGCCUUGUUUAACUCCUCGUCCCCCUCGGCGCACGUUUCCCCCUUUUCUGAGCUGUCAACAACGCUUUCUUCCUCGCAGCUGAGCUUGCGAGGCUCCGAAUCUUUGUCUCCUUGCAGACAGACUGCGCGGAGGAACGUCGACCGGGCUCGAUCUCUCGCGAGCGAUGUCGAGGAGGAACGCAGCGGAAUAGAGAAACUUCUGCAAACCGAGCAGCUGUGGCUGUGGUGGAAGAAUCGGAACUGCUUCGACUCUGUCCUCAAGCCUUCCGGGUCGGACUCUCUCUCCUUCUCUGCCGCCGACGUCCCUGCCCCCGCUCUGCUGCCUUUCGCCGUUCAGGCGGCGCUCUCGAGCUCGAAUCUCGCCAAGACUUUGGAGAAGCAGGCGCAUGCAGAGACGCGAAAGAAGUCCGAGACUGAAAAGAGUCCAGAGCAACCGGCGCAGCCCGAGCCUGCGAAGAACGCUCAAAAGCUGGCUUCUUCUCAGUCGGCUUCUUCUCAGUCGGCUUCUGGCGAGGAAGCGAAGGCGAAAGAGGUGCAGCUCUCUCUUCAGGAGUCAAAGGAAAGGAGCGACGAGAAGACCGAGAAGAGCGAGAAGAGCGAGAGCAAGGCAGAUACCAUGGAUCGGGGCGGCGCAGAGGAAGCACAGACUGGAGAAAAGGAAGAAGCAGAGCCAGACAAGCUGUUGAGUCGAGCGUUGGCGCUCGCCAAACAAGCUGAGAUGGGAGAAAACUCGUGGUGGCCGGAGCUCCACAGAGGCAGCAAACCCAGAAAAGACAGCGUGGUUAUGCGUCGGUUGGUGCAGUGGCUGCAUGCUUGGGAAGCUGCAGAGGGUUCCAGCGCUGCCUCUUCUCCUUCAGUCUCUUCCGGACUCUCUUCCGAGCAGGAGGGAGGCGAACCGCUCGCGGGCCGCGUCGGCUUGGCGAUUCCUGGGCCUCUGCGUCUCCUCAGACAAGGCGAGGCUUGGUUCACCAGCGACUCUCGAAACUUGCCAAACGACUACGAUGACCUGCUGUUCAUGGACAAGCUUCGCGUGAAACUGAACGACUUGGUGCAGAAGAUGGACGACGACGACAACCCUGAGAACGAUGUAGAUGAAGAAGAAAGAAGCAAGCACAACCCCGUGUUUUCGCUUCGGCUUCGAAAACUCUUUGCGUUGUUCUACGGAGAUGCCUACGUGGCCAUGCCGUACAAAGAGACAAAGUGUGAAGACCUACGCCAAGCCAUCGCGGAGUACGACACGAAAGGUUUGGCCGCAAGGCUCGGGUUGAAGGCUGUUGAGAAACGUUCUGUGUCGCAAGCGACAAACGAACAAGGAGCUGAGCAGGAGAGCUAAGGUGGGGAAAGGAGGGUGGCAUGAAAAGGAGUUUCGCAGCGAGUCGUGAAAUUUCGAAAUACGCGAGCACAGACGCGCCAACGCCGGGAAGGGGAAAAGUCUUGAGAGGUGGCAGAUCGAAUAAACACAGAGAGUGGAGGUCCUACGAAACUGGGUCGGGCUCCACGAAGACAAAGGCGCCGAAGCGGUACUCAGCAUUCUCCAAUUUUUUUAAUGAAGAGGUUUUUCUUUGGCUUUACACCUCUGGAUAUCAGAUUUGCAUGUGCUUAUUUCGAGGACCACUUUGUUCACAACAAAGCGCC